UGGUUCAAAAUCUGCAUUGACUCGAGCUAUGUCUUUUCCAGAAAAAAAAGAAUUACCUUAAAUGGGAAGAUGCCAUGGAGUAUGAAGGAGCAACAACAAAGGAAUGUCAUAACCAACGUCAUCUAAGGCAUGAAGAGAAGCUCGACCAUCACACCUUGUUAUACCGAGGGCCUACAGCCUCACGUCAAGCAAAACCGAGACACAAGUUCUUUCACACCAAUACACGAGUAGUACAGGAAGUGACUCAAGAAGUGACUCAGAGAUCAUCAAUGUGGCGUAAACCAUAUCCCCGUGGUAGACGUGAGUACCUAGCUGAGAGAGACUCAGGGAUCACUAAUCUAAGAGGAGGCGAGCUGAAACGUGGCACUCGUCGAGACCCACUACUAUCCAAUCCCACCCGAACCUACCAAACAAAACUAAGGUUAUCUCUAGACAAUGGUUAUGAGUAUUUUGGACCUGAAUCUUUUGAGUUUGCAGGACGUGAGAGAGAUUAUCUACAAUGGGAACUCAACAUGGAUAAGUACUUUAGAUACUAUUCUAUUCCCAAAGAAGAGAGGCUCAACUAUUGUCUUGAACAACUCAUGGGAAGCGCAAAACGUUGGUGGAACCGAGAAGAAAAAGAUAGACGAUGGUUCAAGGAGCCAGCACUCAAAACGUGGGGACAACUAAAGUUGCUUAUGAGGGAGAGAUAUGCACCUCACAUGCUUUCUCAGCCUGUUCAAAACAGUUACCUCCCAAAUGAACCAAGCCGAGAGAUUACUAUACAUCAUCAUGUUAGUUCCAAUCAUAACGCGGAUCAAGAUUCCGCUAUGAAUGAGAAAGGUACAGAUGCAAAAGGAGACUCAAGUUCCAUACCGGUACUUGAACCACAUGCUAAACCACACGCUGAAUAA